UAUUUUCAUUAUUCCUACGAGUGCGUACUAUUAAGUAACCAACGAAAGAAAGUUUGUGCUUAAUUCUUAAAUUGAUUUGAUUUUGGAAGAUCUUGUGUUCCGAACUUGUUAACACUAGUAAGAUUCUUCUUAACUUGCCUUGCCAAAGAAAAAGGACGGACUGGUGCGAGAGCUACCGACCUCAAAGUCAAACGAACGACACCUCUCACUCCUCUCUCCUCCUCUCUCCUCUCUCCUCCUCUCCUCUUUCCCCAAAUUUAUUUCAAUUCACUCAACCUCUUUCGAAAGUUAAUUAUUUUUCUAUUACGAGGUGCUGCUUCUUCUACUGCUUCUACUCCGACUUUACUCUUUAAACUUUCAUUUCUUCUCUUCUUACGCUCUUUAACUGCAUCUUCCAUGUACAUUUUCUGGUAAUACCAAUCCAUUUCAUGUCAUAAAAGGCAAUUAAUAUCAGCAAGCUAACAUUCACUAGAAUUUAGACAACACAGAAAUUGUGUUUUUAUUUCUCAAAUCAAAUCAACUCACUCACUAUGUCUUCUCUCAUUCAACCAUAUCUCGAGCUUGCCUUGGAACAACUAGAAGUUUACAAGGAUCAAUUGCUCGGGCAAAUGUCAUUGGUCUCCACGACCACAUAUGUCUUCACAAUUUUGGCCAUCUGUUUACCUCCUCUCGCCCUUUUGACUUUCUACGAACUCGAGCAAUCGCGACAACGUGCCGAAGAACCUAAGGGUUGCAGAAAGCUCGGGUUAAAGAUCGAUAGCAAUCUUACGAAUGAAUUCGAGCCCAAAUUUUCCGAAGGUCGUCCUCCAAGUACGGAAGAAACAUCUGCAGAAUGGUGGAGAUUAAAGAGCAUGUGGAUUUAUCCAGUCAAGAGCUGUAAAGGGGUUGAAUUGGGUAGAGGAACCGUUAUUGCAACUGGAAUGGAAUAUGAUCGUCAAUUUACUUUCGCACAGUUGAAAAGUCCAUUUCCCCUCUCCGAAAAUGAUCCAGAUCACAAAAAGGCCGCACACCAAUGGGAAUUCAUCACUCAACGACAAUUUCCAUUGUUGGCAAAAGUUAGGACUGAGAUGUGGGUUCCAGAUCAAAGUGUGGAUACAUAUGCUCCUCAUAUUAAUGAUGUUGAGAGUGGAGGAGUUAUAAUUAUGAGCUUCCCAUAUCAAGAGCCUGGAUGGAGAGGAACCGUCGCAAGUUGGGGUGCCAAAUUUAUGGGAACAGUUCCGGAAAAACAAUUCCGUGUGCCAUUUGAUCCAUCGCCAGUACAAAUUGAGAAAGCCGGUUAUACUGUUGAGAAAAUGACGAUUUGGAAAGAAAGUGUUAAUGCUUUGAACGUGGAGAUUGAAAUUCCAGAGGAACUUAGAUAUUACCUUGGUAUCAGCAACAAGUUGGGUUUGUUCAGAGUCGACAGCGCGAAUCCUAGAGAAGUUUUCAGAAAUGCACCUACAAAGGAGAAACUUGGGUUUCAACCAGUUACUGGAUUUCAGGACGCUGUAAGAUUUUUCGAAACCUCAAGACUUGAUGUGUGGAUUAUUUGCUAAUUCAUUCUAGUAUCCUAUUCACCUUGUCAACCUUGCUAGCAUCAGAGAUGUCGAAAGUAAAAUGCCAAAGGAAAAGGGGGCGCCUAGAUUAUCUGCAGGACAAUUCCGUGCCAAUUUAAUCAGUAUGUCAUUCUCAAAACUUUACAGAUUAUCCAUUUCUAAUGCUAAUACUUUCCAGUUACCGGACCUCCAGCUUACCAUGAAGAUGAUUGGCGAAGAAUUAAGAUUGGUUUCUAUGAAUAUGACGUUUCCUGCCGAACAGUACGAUGUAAAAUGCCCAAUGUCGAUCAAGAAACAGGAGUUAGACAUCCAUCCGAACCAGAUAAAACCUUACGAAGCUUUAGAGCUAUUGAUGAAGGAGCCGGUCAAAAUCUUGGUUGUCUUGGUAUGCAAUUGGUACCAACCACUAAAACUGGUGCUUUAAAGGUUGGAGAUGAAAUCACGGUUCUGGAAGUGGGUGAACAUCAUUACCAGAAAUUGUUUCCAGAAUUGAACAAUUAGGCGAACAUAUCCUAGGUUGGUAAUGUUUGCUUUGUAUCUCUCGAGGAUAGGAGUAAUGGACAUAUAAAAUAGGACCUGGUAGCAAGGAGUUUUGGUUUGGCUGGGUGGAAUUACAUACAAAUACUUUUCUUUUUUGUAUUUGUUCUCUUUUUUUUUUCGAGAGCAUGAUCAUCACAUACAUAUCUGGUAGGCGGGAAGGAGGUAGGGAAACUUCUUCAAGAUUUGUAUUUGAUGGGCUUUUAUUCAAUUGUUAAUUAUGCAUAUACAGUUCUGCUUUUUUGCAACUGGGAAUUGGGUGGAGUGAGGGUGGAAGUGGUGGAAGGAAGUGGUGGAAGGAAAGGAGAGGAGAAAAGAAAUGUUCUUUGAACGUUAUGGUGUCGAAGACUGAGAGGAUGAAGGGAAGUAGAAGGGGAAGAGAAAUAAGAUUGAGGUGGUUUAUGUAUAUGUAAAUGUAUAUGUUAAUACGAUACUAAAUAUAUGUUAUUUUUUUG